UUUGCCCUCUCUUUCUAUCUCAAUGUUUCUUUCCUUGUUUUAUCCUUCUCUCUUGUUCUUUCUCAACAUUUUUCAAGAAAGCUUGAAGGAAUGGCCAAGACUACUAAUGGAUUUACGGGCCGUGGACAUGAUAUGUUGGCACCUUUUACUGCGGCUUGGAUGAUUGAUAUGGGACCUUUAGUUAUAGAAAAGGCGGAGGGUUCUUAUGUCUAUGACAUAAAUGGGAAGAAAUACCUUGAUUCUUUAUCUGGUUUAUGGUGCUCAACAUUAGGGGGAAAUGAGCCUCGUCUUAUUGAAGCUGCAAAUAAACAACUCAACAAAUUGCCAUUUUACCAUUCAUUUUGGAAUCGUACCACAAAACCUUCUUUGGAUCUUGCAAAGGAGCUCCUAGAUAUGUUUACUGCAAAUAAAAUGGCAAAAGUUUUUUUCACAAAUAGUGGAUCAGAAGCUAAUGACACUCAGGUGAAGUUGGUGUGGUAUUACAACAAUGCCAUUGGGAGGCCAAACAAAAAGAAAUUUAUUUCUCGAGCAAAUGCAUACCAUGGUUCUACUUACAUGUCUGCCGGUCUUUCUGGGCUUCCUUCACUACAUUUAAAAUUUGAUUUGCCACCUGAAUUUAUUUUGCAUACUGAUUGCCCUCAUUAUUGGAACUAUCACUUACCAGGUGAGACAGAAGAGGAGUACUCAACUAGGUUGGCAAAUAAUUUGGAAAAUCUUAUCCUCAAAGAGGGGCCUGAAACAGUUGCUGCUUUCAUUGCUGAACCAAUUAUGGGAGGAGCAGGUGUCAUACUUCCUCCAGCAACCUAUUUUGAGAAGGUUCAAGCUAUUUUAAAGAAGUAUGACAUUCUUUUUAUCGCGGAUGAGGUGAUAUGUGGAUUUGGAAGACUUGGGACAAUGUUUGGAUGUGAUAAGUACAACAUUAAACCUGAUCUUGUCUCUAUAGCAAAGGCUCUUUCUUGUGGAUAUGUGCCAAUUGGGGCUGUGCUUGUAAGCACUGAAAUUUCCAAAGUCAUAAGUUCUCAAAGCAAUCAACUUGGUGUUUUUUGUCAUGGAUUUACUUAUUCCGGACACCCUGUUGCGUGUGCGGUUGCACUAGAAGCACUGAAGAUCUAUAAGGAAAAAAAUAUUACUGAGGUAGUGAACAAAAUAGCACCAAAGUUCCAAGAAGGUUUGAAAGCAUUUAUCGACAGUCCCAUAAUUGGGGAGAUAAGGGGAACUGGUUUGAUGCUUUCUACAGAGUUUGUAGAUAACAAAUCUCCUAAUGAUCCCUUUCCACCAGAAUGGGCUGUUGGUCCAUAUUUUGGAACACAAUGUGAGAAGUAUGGGAUGUUGGUAAGUUUUUCUGGUGAUCACAUAAAUAUGGCUCCUCCAUUCACCUUGAGUCUUGAAGAGCUUGAUGAGAUGAUAAGCAUAUAUGGAAAAGCAUUGAAGGAUACUGAAAAGAGAGUUGAAGAACUCAAGUCUCAAAAGAAGUAAAAAAGCUCAUGACAAAAGCUUGAUGAUCCCAAAAAAGAAAAGAGAGAAAAAAAAAAAGUUCAUUUCCGUUUAAAUAAAACUCUGCCUUUCUUGAAGUUUUUGCUCAUAGUUGGUACUCAUAAUAUAUCGUACUGUGUUGUACUGUGUUAUUUUAAUGAGUAUAACAUUUGAAUAGGUUGUAUUA